AUGGCUGACGCUCCGAAGCGACGGGUCGCAGACCCCGAGGGGCCUACACUCGAGCUGCUGCGUACUUUCGGCAUCGGGAACACUUCGGGCUACUACGACCGCAACAUCCGGGGCAAGUUCCUGCGGCUGGACCCGUCCAAGCUCCCUGCCAAACCGUCCAAAGGGCGAAACGCAGUGAAGGGCUCCAAGGAGGCGCGUGGCAAGGAGCAUUGGAAGCAGCUGCGGCACGAUGACUUUGCGCCUUUGCGCGCGCUCUGGGAGAAGUAUAUAGAGGACCUCUCACCAGCCAACGAUGACGAGCUCAGCGCCGUCUUAGCUCGUGCCGAUCUACACGGGAGCUGCCUCCGGGUGGCACAGGCGAAGACCCCCGGUUUGGUUCGACUCAGCGGUACAGUCAUUGAAGAGACACAGCAGACCUUCCGGAUCAUCACUGCCGAGAACCAAAUCAAGGUGCUGCCCAAAGAGAGCUGCAUCUUCGAGGUGGAGGCCCUCGGCCGCUCACUGCGGUUGCUGGGUCCUUCCUUCAUCCAGCGCUGGUCCGAAGCCAAAGGGCCGUACCGGCAAGUUGCGCAGCGCAAGCGCUUCGACGCUUUGGGCGGCGAGAGCUCGCGGGCCGGGCGCUGA